CACUAUUGAGCCGCAGAAGAAGAAGAAGAAGAAGGGGGAGGAGGGUAGCAUGGAGGAACGAGGAAGUAACUCGCCGGUAAAUCGCAAUGGCAGCUGAGCCGGUUCGGAGGCAAGUUUUAGUCGGGACGUCUACUCACCAAUAACGGUCAUUAAUGGCGGAUUUGGGGGAGAACAGUUGCCGCGAAGCUGAAGAACACGACGGGACGAACGGCCGACGCGUCAAUGAGCCCCGGACCGCACGUGACCCCGCGGGGACCGUCCUCAGGGGGCCGGGGACCUCGAACUACGACCGGAGGAGAAAGCUGGUCCUGCACGUGGACCUCAACAACACCAUCCUGGUGUCGGACACCCUGACGACCCAGGGGCCAAUGGCUGCCCUGGACUACUUCCUCUCAACGGUCACGUGGGGCAAGAUGAGCAAACAAGGCAAGUGGGAGUGGCUGAGCGACUCCACCUCCCUGCUCCCGCCAUGCGACGACGCCGUUAGUUACUACUCUCAAUUUGGACGGACGCCGGGUUUCACCUCCGCCGAGGGGCGACGCUUCCGCGGGAUUCUGGAUGAGCAUCUGGACCUGUUCCGCUGGCCCGAGGGCACCAAGGCGGACAGAGAGCUGUCUGUGAAAGGCGAGGGUGGGCAACUGUACCACUGGAUCCUCCCCUCCUUCUUCCAGCUGCUCAAGGACCUGGUGCAGGACGGGAGGGAGUUCGCCGUCGUUUUCCGUACGUUUGGAAGCGACCUGUCCCGCGUGCUGAGUGCUGUAUCCAGAGCCCUGAAUGAAGGGGCUCAUCCGCUGUUCCCGGAGCUGCCCGAUCUCAAGUUAAAUGUGAAUAUGACUCCAGGCGAGAUCCGCUGCAGCGAGACGGGGACCGUCCUGAGCCGAGCCGCCGAGCGCCUGUCGACCCGCGAUGGAGACCGAGGCCUGUACCAGUACCUGAGCUCAGUCCAGGGCCUGGGGGGCUUUCAGGACCACUUUGCCUGGUGGGCCGCUAAUGCCUUCUCCGUCCGGGGGGGGAAGCCGCUGUGGGUCGACCCCUUCGACCAGCACGUCCAGCACAUCUUCAUCGACGACAACAUACGACAGAACGACGAGGAUACCAUCGUUCAACCCAAGGUCUUCCUAGACCCAGGUGGCACCGAGACUCGCACGGCCAGCACCUCUGAGCUCUAUGACAUGACGCUGGUCCAGACCGACCUCCUCCAGGCCAUCUCUCAGCCGAGCUACUUCACUCAUCGCGUCCACAUCUGCCUGGAAAACUACGAGCGUAAUCUCCAGCAGGGGGCAGGCUAGAACACGGUUCACCUCCAUGUCUGCACAUGACAACCUCCGGUUCAGGGUCCCAUGAACCCAGACACCACAACCCCAGCACACACGGAGGAUGCAGAUGCUGUAGGAGGGGGAGGGGCAUUAAACACAAAGGCUAAUGGCUUAUUGAAGCGCCAGAGCUCAUAAAACCACAAAUGGAAUAAGUUUACAGAUGAAGGAAGGUUUCACGAAUACAUAUGCAUAGGAAGGAUCACAGUUCUACUAAAACGAUAGCAGCUAGAUGAGUAGUUUCAGCUCAAACCGUUCAAGUCCACCGAGUAUUGUGUCGACUUCAGGAGAGCAGGAACAGGAAGAGAUUAAACAGGGCACUUUGCUAAUAGAUUGCACCGUCUACUGUACUGAGGUGAACCGAAGGGUUUUUGACUUAAUGAAGCAUCACGGAAAGCAUUGCAUCACAAAAUGAUAUUCAAUUAUAAUCUAAUGUGACUAUAUUUCUGGUAGGGAUAACAAAAUACUCCAUAUUAGAUUCAUAACACUUCCUGAUAUGAUCAGGUACGAGUAAUACAUAUCCAUGAUGCAUUAGUCAGAGUAUAUAUAUAUAUAUAUAUAUAUAUAUCAUGGGCUUUUGGAUGUUUUUUUUAUUAUUUGUUUGAAAGCAUCCUUGUGUGACACAUUACAUGAGUUGAAUGUGUUUGGAAGUUUUGGUAAUCUCUUGCUUUUAAGGGUUUUAGGGUUUAUUUAUUGUUCAGCUUUCAGGGAGAUUUUCUAUAUCUAUAUAUUGUUUUUUGUCAGGCCAAAAUGUAGAGAGACAGCUGAAUACAAACUAUAUAAAUAAUUUGAGAAAAAUACUCAAAUGCCGGUUUCUGAGAACAGUGGAGUGACACACACACACACACACACACACACGAGUGAUCACAUGAUUCCUUUUGAUUGAGAUAAAUAUGCAAAAACACAAAAUCUAAGCACCUGUACUAAAGUAUGCCAUACAUCUAGAUCUCAGUAGGUUUGUCAGAGCAUCACAACAUUGAACAUGUAAAAUGAUUAUGAGGAUAUCAAACGUUACUAAUUCCCCUCAAAGCAGUCUGCAGUGGUCCAGAUUAUACAAGCAGUGAGAAUCCUAUGUGUGUGUUUGUAAUGACGUCGAGCGAGUAUGACUUUGUUAAGCAUAGUAUUCAAGACUCAUCUUAUUACAGUCAUAAACAAGGAGCAGGGCUUUAAGAUCUGUGGGCUUGGUAAUAAGCAUUGCAAAGAAUAAUAACUAAGUCAACGUGAGCUUACUGGAUUUUGCUCUUCAUAUGUAAGGACCUCAUUUUGCAUGAAGAGCUUUGCAACACACAAAGGGCAAAACACUUUGAUAUUGUUCAUCCACGUCUCAUCCGCAUCACCUGGUUGCCAUGGAUUCUGAUGCUAAAUGUGAAUCACAUAAAAACCGGAAAACUCAUUUGUUUAUUUUUCUGAUCUUAGAUGUUUCCAUUCGCUGUUAAAUAAAGUUCUGUGUUUCCUGUUGAA